GGAUUAUAUGCGAAACAUUAUCCUCUGCAGCGACGUUUAUCUUGCGAACCCAGCCGGUGUGUUUUGCUACGCUUGUGUUACAAAUGGCGAGAUGGACGGUGAUUCAAAGUUAAAUAUUGUCAAAUUGUCUAUAAUCGGUCUUUGCAUAAAAUUUGGCGACUUGGAUACCCUCAGCGCUUUGAUGAACAACGGCAGUUUUCGUGAACAAAUUAUACAGAGAGGUCUCAGGGAGGCAAUUGACGAAAAUUCCACGGACGGCGUCGAGUUGUUGUUCAAAAACGGGGCCAGACCGGAUCUAGACACAAUGAAAAUUGCCUCCACAAAGUCCGUGAGCGUAUUUGAGGCGGUUUUUCGGAAGUUUCGAAAAGACUUUAAGAUCUACGCUUUACAGCAUCCGGAGCAUAUCGUCCGAGAACUUGUCAUGCCCGCCAUUUUAACGCGCAACACAGGCAUCGUUAAAGUGCUUAUUCAAAACGGUGCCCCCGUACAUUGCAAGGGUUUCUACACGCCACUGGCGAUGGCGGUCCUUGAAAAUCAACCGGAAGUGACGCAAAUCCUUCUAGAGAGUCACGUGGACCGGAACAUGGAACUCCAAGGUUGCAAUUUACUUGAUAUUGCAAUCUGCAUGGGCUAUACGGAAGUUACCGACGUACUCCGGAAAUUUGGCUUUAAGCGGAAGAACAAAUCCCCGAAAGACAUAGUGCCGUGUAGCCUUCUGAUCGGGAUAGCCAGUAAGCUGGAUCUGGUAACUGAUGUGAUGAAGCUGCGACGUCAGAUCGAGAUGAAGCAUCACGCGCACAAUGACGACACUGUGCUGCACGUGGCUUUGAAAACGAGGCUGAGUCGCGCGCUCAUCGGCGAGCUGCUGAAAAUGGGCUCUGACGUGAACGCGAAAAAUAAAAAGCAGGAGACGCCAUUAAUGUGCGCGGUUUCCAAGGAGUCGGGCGUCGAAACCGACGUCAUCCGGGAGAUCCUUUACUACAAUCCCGUUCUCGAGCAGUGUGAUAAAUCGGGUAAGACGACGCUGGCUCUUGCCAUUGCUAACGACCAGUCUGAAAAGGAGAAGAACAGAAGAGAAGAGCAGACGACCAAGAGUAAAGGUUCCUGUGCGAACGUGAACGUAAAUGAAUCGAUCGCGCCGCUUCUGCUCGACUGCGGUUACAACGUUAAGUACGAUUACGUCAAAAAGCCGCACCAUACCGUGUACGCACUGCGUGCAGUCUGGAAAGACCUGGCGGCCACAAUCGGCUGCGGACGUUACGGACUCGCCAUUCAGGACAACCCCAAGUUGCUUCAGAUACGAUGCCGCGAGAUUUUACGGCGCUCGAAUCCGGGUAUUCAUUUGCACCGGUUUCUCGAGCGAAUGAAAGUACCGUCAGAUAUAAGCGAUUUUGUGCUUAUGACGUCCGUAUUAAAGGGACAGUAAAUCUCUAGAACUAUAUCUGGUUAUGAUAUUAUUGUUAAAACAAUUUACAGUAUUGCUGAUUUUCUUUCUAAAAUAUGGUCCGAUUUCAUUAUUUACCGUAUAUGUUAUACAUGUUUAUACAGAUGUACAGUCUUCGCAAAA